ACAAACCAACGUGCAGGAAAAAGUCACAUGAUCAAAUAAAACGACGUUCAGGAAAGGGGAUACCUGUGAUGUUCGAUUUUUCUUUUGGAAUACAUCUGAAUGACUCAUUCACAUCAUUCUGACACCAAGCUGACGAAUCUUAGCCCGACUGGAAGCGACAGCGCAGGAUGGAACUACUGUACCUGUCGACGUUCGCAACGAUAUUCUGCACAAUAUUCGUGUUCAGUCUUAAAUAUCUCUCCCUAUUGAGAUGGAUAAGUGGUCGGGCCUAUGUAUUAAGACAGAAUCAAGAAAAAGUCACAGCUGAGGAAGUCCUGGAUCUUAUCAAAAAUGCAAAGCCAUUCCCAGUGUCAUGUCAGAAGGGAUGGAAGAUCCACUGUUAUGUGCAUGAUCAUCGGCUGUGGUUCCACUUCCUCACCAUUCCCAACUCCAACACAGCCAGUCUCAAGGUCUUUGCUGUCUUCUGUAAACUACGAGCAUCUUCACAGUCUGUACUUCAGCUCCUCAAGGAUAUCUCCAUGACAUGUGAAUGGAAGCCAGGAGUGGUAGCCACAUCGUAUGUUCGUGAUGUCAGCUCCCAUGAUGUUCCCGUCAAGUCCAAGGGUGUGCCGCCCAUGCCAGUGAAGCAAGAUCUUGUGAAGGAGGAAAGAGUGUGUCAACGUCCGUCCAGACCAUUUGAUGCCUGGUGGCAGCCCAAUAUCACCCAGACAACCACAGAGGAAUACCGGAGGUUCUGGCACAGAGAAGAUAACGGAUGCUGCUGGCUGCUUCAGAUGAAUGAGAAGAGACAAGCAUGGACAUUUUUCCUUGCCCAACCUGUGGAAGGUUGGUUUGAAGUUGACCAGAGCCUGGUAACCAUAGUAACGUGGAGUUCCAGGAAUGAUGGAAACGAAUCAGGGGAGAUGGCAGCCGCUACUCUAGGAUCUCUGCGAGAGUUUCUGCACAUGCGUAAGAUGCAAGCCACACCCCUUCUUACCCUGUCACUGCCCCGAGACAUAUCUGCCUCAAACAUUACAUCCAGCACACCUAAGUCAGAUGAGAAAGAGUCCCGAUCAGAAGGGAAAAAAUCACACAAACUGUUAACAAAAUUCAAAUCAUUCAUCGAAAAAACUGCUCAAAGUAACAAUGCAUCCAAAGUUGAAGCUCAAAAGGAAGAGAUAAAAAAGUAUUCCAGUAUUUUGAAGUUUGGUUCAUCUGCCUCUGAGAAGGUAGAGACAGAGACUGUGGGGAAUAAUGAGUGUAAGCCUGAAACUCCUCGAGACAGUCAGACAGUGAGUGAGGAGAUCCAUCAGGACAGUGUGUCUGAGAAGAAGACAGUGGAGAAUGGCAAGCAGCUUCUCCAGAGGUCAGUCAGUGAUUCGGCUGCUCUCAGACAGGUAGCUAGAAGGAAGAACUCUCAGUCUCACAGUGUGCCAGAGGCUGUCAUGGAGCAGUCGUGUGAGUUUACAGAUCCAGCCCUGCUGUCUAGGUACAAGACUGUGGCCAACCAGGCUGCUGCAGAACUGCUUGCCCAGGUUUUGAAGGCCUCCAACAUCGACCUGGACAAGGGAGCUGAGGAACAGUUCAGCACAGCAGGAGGAUGGAUGUUUUAUGGUUUUGAAAGUGAUGUAGUGAUACUGAAGAGAUGGUUCAAAUCGGGGACACAUGUGCAAAGCUACCUGGGUAAGGGUGUGGUGGAAGCCCCGCCCCAGACUGUGUGGGAGGCCCUCAGGAACCCCAGGACAAGAUUUACAUAUGAUGAAUCAUUAAAGAAAGUAGAUAUUGUGCAGACUAUUACAGAAAAUCUUAGAAUAGUAUAUCUGUACCAUGAGGUGCAUCAGAUUCUCAAGAAAGAGAGCUGUGAUUUCUGUGUCGUCCAGAGUGAGAGAAUUGAAGGAGAAAAGUAUAUCCUGGUGUAUCAGUCUGUAGAAUGGGAGACAACUCCACCGAAAGAUGACACCCUUAGAGCAACACUGCUGCCCAGUGGGUGGAUCAUACAACCAGUACAUAGGGACAACAAGGUCUACUCCAUGGUCACCUACUUGAUGCAGAUUGAUUGUGGAGCUCCAAAGCCUACAUCCGAGAAAAUGCCAUUUGAGGAUAUGGUGACGAAGCAGCCCCUCAGCAUAACAUUCCUCCAGCAGUACCUUCAGCCUGCCGUGAUGUUGGCGCGGAGACAGUCACUGCCGUCACUCACAAACAUGAGUUAACACUGUUCCACAGCCUGCCAGUACAGCAGUAGAAACUACCAUUGCUAACAUAUUUAAUUCAUGCACAUUUCAUCUGUGGACCUCCAUAAUUCCUCUGUGAUCCUCUAACUCCUUUCCAGUGUUGGCGAUGGGCAUGGAGGUCAUCACUGCCAUCACUCUCCAUGUCAUACUUUUCCCUGGUCCUCCCCUGUGAUACCCAGCCUGCCUCAAGUCCCCAGCAGGUACUACUGUGGUGUAAGGAUCAGUCAUGUGAAUAGAUCAUGAUACUUCCAUCUGUUACAUUGUCUUCUGUGCCAGAUCAUCUUUACUGAGUGAUGUCGACAUCAUCAUGACAAUUUUCACAAAUCAGCACAUUUCUUUUACUCUAAGAACAAAAUGAUAAAGAUCAGUUGAAGCAGAUUUUGUGAAAAGUUGUUACCAUAAGAGACGACUUGAAUGCAUGUUUAUUAUCUUGAUUAUACAUGUAUAUGAUAAACCAGGUGAAACUCCUGUCAGCAAUAUUAUAUUGUAAGAGGCCUGGACAUGGAACAUAACCAGUUUGUCACUGUGACAUAUCUGAUCCAUACAUCUGUCAUAUCUAUAUAUAUCUGUACCUGCGUGGUAUUGGUUUGCAUGAGUUUCACUACAGCAGAAACAGUGUCCUGAUAAGAUGCCAAUCAUUUAGCUAAAAUAUAUAGCUUAGUGAACAAUGAUUAUUGAUUUUAUGUCAUUUUAUGCUGAAAUUCUGCCUUUAUGUAUUCUGCCAAGUAAUCUUCAGAUAUCAUUUCCCCUCUCAAGCAAUUAGUAAGUGGCUCAUGAGAUAGCAAUUCCUUUUCAAAGACGUGUGGUGCUUGUGAAAUAUCAUUUGGCUUGCAAAGAGAUGUAAGGUUCUCAUGAGAUAUCAGAUCCCUUGCAAAGAGAUAUGUAAGGUUCUUCUGAGAUAUCAGAUCCCUUGCAAAGAGAUAUGUAAGGUUCUUCUGAGAUAUCAGAUCCCAAGCAAAGAGAUAUGUAAGGAUCUUAUGAGAGAUAUGUAAGGUGCUCUUGAGAUAUCAGAUCCCAAGCAAAGAGAUAUGUAAGGUUCUUCUGAGAUAUCAGAUCCCAAGCAAAGAGAUAUGUAAGGAUCUUAUGAGAGAUAUGUAAGGUGCUCUUGAGAUAUCAGAUCCCAAGCAAAGAGAUAUGGAAGGAUUUCAUAAGAGAUAUGUAAGGUGCUCUUGAGAUAUCAGAUCCCAAGCAAAGAGAUAUGGAAGGAUGUCAUAAGAGAUAUGUAAGGUGCUCUUGAGAUAUCAGAUCCCAAGCAAAGAGAUAUGUAAGGUUCUUCUGAGAUAUCAGAUCCCAAGCAAAGAGAUAUGUAAGGAUCUUAUGAGAGAUAUGUAAGGUGCUCUUGAGAUAUCAGAUCCCAAGCAAAGAGAUAUGUAAGGAUGUCAUAAGAGAUAUGUAAGGUGCUCUUGAGAUAUCAGAUCCCAAGCAAAGAGAUAUGGAAGGAUGUCAUAAGAGAUAUGUAAGGUGCUCUUGAGAUAUCAGAUCCCAAGCAAAGAGAUAUGGAAGGAUCUCACGAGAGAUAUGUAAGGUGGUCAUGAGAUAUCAGUUACCUUGCAAGGAGAUAUGUAAGAUGCAUUGAGAUUAGUAAGGCGUUAUGAUGUUUAUUACCUUGAAACAGAUUAUGUGAGAAUUACCCAGUCAUUUUCUUGUACAUGUAUAACUUUCAUUCCUGUUGUAUCACUCAGGCAAUAUUUUCCUCAAACUCAAAGGAGCAAUGCAGGGUGUGUGAUUGUCUUCCAUGUUGUUUCCCAGUUGUGUACAGAUGACAUCGAUGGGCAGCCCUUGGUUCCAUGUUUCAUGUGCCAUUAUCAGCAUUUUCUAUACUGCUGAUGAUGUAGAAAUGUAGAGAGCUGUUGUUUCCUUUUCAGUUGUUUUCAUAUAUGUAUGGAGUAUUUGUAGAACCCCUGGUCUUUCUGUGUAAAUAAGUUGAUGGCCCCAUGUAUGCUACAUCUUCCAUGAAGGACAGAUUCCACUGUCAACUUGCUCAGGUACUCCCAGGUAUAUUCCUUGCUUAGAUCCACUAUCAGGUAGCGGAUGCUUGGUCAUCUUUCUGUAACUCCAGAGUUGGCAGACAAAUCCUGAUCAUACAGUUGGCUCAAAUAUUUGUUUCAGAUUGUUGUUGACAGGAUGUUUGAUUACAAAGGUGGUAAUAUUCAUUUGUCAGCUGAUGUUCAGGUGGAGACUGAUAUCAGGCCAGCUGUCUGUGUACUUGAGUAACAAUGUGUGAAACACAGUUGACAUGAUCACCCUAUUUACCCAGGUACUACUUUCCAGACAACAUAUCCAUGCUGUAAGAUCUAAAUCUUAUAAAUAUCAGCUAAAAAAAUCAGGGAAAUAUUGUCAGCUGUUUUUAAAAACUUCCUUUUUCUCAUAGUUUUUGUAUAGUUUUGUGACAUUUAAUUUUAUUAAUGUUCAACAUGAAAUUUAGUGAUAACUUAAUGAUUGUGUUGCGUCUAGUUUGACAGCUUCUUAUAGUUGAUUAUGUUGAGGAAUUAGGGUGUAUUUUGUUAGAUUUUCUUUGUGUAUAUUAUGGUAAUGAAUUUUUAUAUUUUCAAAAUGCUAUGCACUUUUAUGAAUCUUAACUUUAUUGCUGCCUUAGACACUUUUAUUGUUAUGAAAAUCCCUAAAGAUAGUGCCUUUAUUAGUGGACUUAAAGCCACUAUGUUGUACUUUUUUUCAUCUAUGAGCAUGUUGUAUUUAUUAAUGUCAGAUUAUGGCAAGUAAUACUUGUCCAUGUUAUUUUCUUGCUGUUAUGAUUGUUUAUACUUUUUUACUCAAAAGUGCCUCUCCAUUAUGUGGUAAACAUUAGCACCAAACACAGGGUACUGUAUAACACCAUCCUGGAGACAUAACACCAGCCGGAAUCCACAAAGCAAAUCACAAACACCUCCCAAUUUCAGGCCUAAAAAAACACGUUGUGGUUCCGAUUACCUGACCGACCCUUGAAUUCUGGUGCCGACCCUAGUUUUUUUAAGAGGUAUGAGCAUCACAGGGGUGGUGAGGUGGCCUAGUGGUCAAAGCGUUGGGUCAUCAUACCAAAGACCUGGGUUCGAUUCCACACAUGUGUACAAUGUGUGAAGCCCAUUUGUGUCGUCCCCGCUAUGAUAUUGCUGAGAUAUUACUAACGGUGGCUCAAAACUAAAACUCAAACGUCAUAUUCACUCACAAAUAUCACACUCACUCACUAACAAAUAGCUGUAAGGCUCCAGUAAAUAAAGUGGGUCUGACCACUCACUGGUUGUAGCACCUGCUGAUUCCAUCUUGGUAGAACCAGGCUGUCUUGAUUCGUUCAUUGACAAUAGCCUCUUCACUGCAAGUUGGCAGAAGUAUGGGUGAUGGGGAAAUGUUGUGUGUGCACAUUUGUGAAGUACUGGUGAUGGAUGUUCCCCACUGAUGCCCCUUCUCUUUUUUUUCAGAGACUAAAUUUCAAACUCACAUACAUUCAAGUUGUCAGUUCCUGUGUCUGUAUCCCUAGCAAAUCUCAUUUUAAUAUUUUAUUAACACUUGUCUCUUUAAAUUAGCCCGUAGACCUGUAAAACAAUCUUCAUUUCUGUUUUUGGAUUUUGACAAUUAUGUAGACAUUACGGGAAACUUCAGUACCACUAAAUGUUGAAGAUACAUUUGCCCAGAAGCUGUUAGUGUGUAGCUAGUGAUUGCUCCACAAGCCUUACGCUAAACAGUAUACCUGUUCAGGCCCUCUUGGGAUAGAUCGAUGCUCAUGACGUCAAUCACUGGAUUGUUUGGAAUAUUUGGCGAGUGGCAUUAAACAGCAACAAAUACAUUCAUGAGAAUGCUUCAGCCUAUCUGAGCAGAAUGAUCAAAUAUCCAACAACACUGCCUUGACAGAAGUCAUACCUUCUUUAUCCUCUGUUAUACAGAAUCUAAUGUCUUUGUCGUUAUGAUAAAUACGCUGGACCUAUUUGCCACUUAAGUCAUGAUUCUGAAGUGAUAUCACCAUCUCCAUCAUCAAACCACUAUCUGAGCACUUUUUUCAUUGUAAUUUGAUUGGCCUGUCAUUUUUGGCACCAUGUCAUUUGGUUUUGUACGAAGCUUGUGAAGCAAUGGCUCCAGAGUACUUAUUCUAAUGGAACAAGAUAUAACACCCUAGAUGAAUGAGGAUGAUCCAUUUCAGCAUUACUACAAGGCAUAAUUCACCUGAUUUAACAAGAUGUGAAAAGUCAAAUGUGAAACAUUCUCUUAAUUCUCCAUUGUUUAUCUGUCAUUUACUAAUAGUGACAUGUUUAGUUCUGUCGAUUUCACUAUUGAAGUACUGCUUCAGUGAUGAAUUCUGUCAAUGACAUAAUAUAGAGUGCUUUACGUGUGCAAUUAGUGUAUAUUACUUUGCUCAACAUUCCUUUUGCUUGAACUACAAAGUUAUAUGAGAUUCUUUACUGAAGGGAUAUUCAUCAGAUAUCUGUUAUCAAAUACAAUAACCUGUUGCUCAUAUACAUGAUGUUAGUGUGUAAGAAUGCCUCUUGCACUAUAUCUGCCAUGCCUGACAAGCAUUAUACAACAUGUACAGGACAAGGUACUUGAUACUAUACUAUUAUUGACUUUUAGUGAGGUUGAUAUUAUGAUUUAUAGACCUUGGACAUGUGAUAUUAACCGAGGCGAAUCACAUGUCCAAGGUCGAUAAAUCAUUGGAUCAACCGAACUGAAGUUAAUAAUUGUUUUAUUAUAUGACAAAAGUACUGAAUACUUGUUCUUCUGUCAUAUAGACGAUUUAUUCCCUCCAGACAGUCACGAAUAUUCGUGGUGCCUGCCAUUUUGAUACAGAUGGGACGUAACUCUAAACCAACACAGUCACAGGGACGCUUCCUUAUCUAGCGUGACGCACACAGUGCAGAGUUCACAGCUGGAAUAUUCCAAAUCUACUUUUAGCCACAGGAGGUGCUUGGAUUAUGAUAUCAACCUCUCGUGACAUGGCGAGGUUGACAUCACUUAGCGUCAAAGCUGUCAUGUGACCAUGUGGGCCAAUCAGAAGGGCGGAAACCUACCUGUCCCAUAGUAAUAUUUGAGAAAGACCUUGGAAAGGAAUAGGCUAAAGGGUUCUAUUUGACCCACUGACUAAGUUUAAUGUUAUGGAAAUGUAACUUGGCCCAAAGACUUGCUCAUGGUUUGAUCUUAAAAUCCUCUCAUAAAAUCUGUACAGUUUACAUAUUAAUUAAUUUACCCAUGUCCCUAUUUUGUGUUGGAAGCAGUAAAAAAUUUAAAAUGUGUUUUAACUGAUAGGAUGAGAUGGUUAUAGGACUGUUACUAUCUACCACCUCUUGGUGAUGGGCUGUAGACUCCCCAGGGAGUUGAGAAUGACUUUUAAGAGUGCACUGAUCCAUUGAUUGGGGAAAUGAAGUUAUUGCACUUUGCGCAUACAAGUUUGUGGAAUCAAUAUACUCAUUAUUGUAUUAUACAUCAGGUUUCCAGUGCAAUGUUUUGAUUGGUUAACAAGACUUGAAAUUGAUUCACUUAAGAGAUUGGAACACAUUGCCUGAAGUGACCAGUUCAUCAAUAUUGUGUAUUACUAUACGCAGUUAAUAACCACUGGUCUUUCUUUUGUAAUAUCAUUUCACACACGAGUAUUUAUCAAACACUGUACUCUAGGGUCAUUGGGUCAGCCCCAUGUGACAUAAUGCUGGGGUUUAACAGGUGAUAUCACCCUAGUUUGAUCAUCUGGAUGCCAGAUAUGUAAUACAUCUAGAUUGGUAUCUUGAGUUUUGUCUUAUUGGCAUCUCACAGAGGCAAGAAUGUCCUCUAAGGUUUAUCAAAGAUCAAAACUAGACAAGACACGCUUGGCAUUAUGGUAAAUGGUGGCCAAGGCUUGCUGUGAAAGCAAUCUCUUUAUGUUCAGAUCUUUCACAUCCAUAUUUGCAUGAAGAUCUAACAUCUUUCAACAGGAGGUCACAACAAGUGAUUUCUUAUUGGCAAAUGAGCAUGAAGACUUCUACAUUCUCAGUGCGUGUGAGCAUAGGUUUUGAAUCAGUGUAUCUCAUUGCUGUAUCGCGGAAGCCGAUUUAAAUUGAAGGUUAAAGAAUUUAAGUUACUUUCCGUAGAGCAAUUGUUUGCUUUUUUGACAUGUUAGUACACCCAUUUGAAUCUGAACACAGUGGCAUCUAUACCGAAUUGUUUUGAGGAAAACUGUUCAGGACAUCUGAUUGGCUCAAGGACAUGUAGAUUUGGCUUAAAGGUAAAACAUUGGAGUUAAAGAUCUGAUCAUAAUGAGAUGUUUUUAAAGUGUUAGCUGGCGGAGAUGGCAAGCCUUAAGUGAUGUGCUGUUGUGAUCCUUCAAGCUUGUAUAUUCUUAUCAUUCUGAAAUACAUUUAACAGUUACAUGUUUUUUACAAUGUUGACAGUCUUGGUUUGAAAACUGGUGUUGUUCAGGUCACCUUCAUUUUAAGACUAGGUAUGUCAGUGCUUGACUCAUGUGAGGAGGAAGUACAGUUCAUUGUAUGAUUUAUGAAUUGCUAAGGGGAGACUAUUCUUCACAGUGUGGUAAAACGUCAUUAUCAGUCUGUCCAGAGCUUGAUAGCAUGAAGAGACAUGGUCUGUUUGCUAUAUAUUUCCACAGUUGUCCAGCAUGUUAAAUGUCAAUUGAAUACCCUUACUUGUUCUCAACUGUAUUUGUAUUCUGUGUCCAGUUUAAAUGACAUGGGAUAAAUCUACAUGCCCCGUCUUUUUACGUGGGUCUCACAUUAAUGAAACAAGCACUUGAUUAGAUGGACUGAAUUUCUUGUGUUGUCGGACUACAUGAGGUAUGUUUUGUAACAAAUAGACUUCCCUCCAUUUUCUUGACUAUCAGAAAGCAUCUUUUACAGCUCAUUCAAGUUUUUCAUCACUUUCCUGAAGUCAAUAUGAAUAUAACGAAUACUUGCUCGAAGGAAGCUACAAUUUGGAAAUGUAGAUCUAUGCCAAAAUCAUGUUUAGAAGACACAUUUUUAUUGGUCAUGCUCAGCAAAACAGAUUGCAUAUUAGGUUAGUUUUGAGAGACUUGUUGAUCAGGACAUGAAACUCCAAUCUGUGAUAGGUCUAAGGUGCAUAUACACUGGAUAAUCAAUAGUAAUAAGAGUGAACAAGAAACUGAGGACAAAUUCCAUGUCUGUUUCCGGCAAAUAAAGUAACCUUUGUUCAACGGGAGUGAAACUGCUUGGACAGCCAUCUGAGAGAGUAGUCUCCCUUUAGUCGCUUAUGGCUAUUUCCAGUCAGAUUAUUCAUUCUGUGCAAUAUUUGUUUUGUAUUCUUGUGCCAUGUUUUUAUGCUUCUUUUAUUCUUUUAGUUAUUUAUAUAUUUUAAUUUACUCAUUCAUAUAUGGGCUCUGUUGCACCAUUGAAUUUAGUAUAUUCUGUUAUUAAGGUAUGUAAGAUCUCACUAUGUUACUCAAUACCAUAUUGGAAUAUUUUUAAAGGUAAAGGCUUGUACAUAUUCAUGUUUGAUAGUACCAUUCAUAAUGUCAUGUUCACACAUGUAAGCUCAUGUUAAAAUCAAAGGUUCUGGUUUAAAUAUACUUUCACUUUUAAAUAUUUUGUGUAAAUGAAAUCCAAGUUUGUAAGCAAAACUAUGUUCAUGUAUUAAGCUCUGGGUAUCUACAUACAGGGUUUCCAGGUUAUAACGUCUUUAUUUAUUUUCUGGUGUCAGUAUUUUUCAGUCUAAUGAGCAGGAAUGAAAUGCUUAGUGCUAAUUUUUGUGUGUGUCAUUAUGGUGGUUUUUGAAAACCCAGACUUUUUAAGGCCUUAUUUACAAAUUGUUUUUAUGCGUGUACACACAUUAAGUUGAGAUGAUAUUUGGAUUACAUCAGGAACAGCUAAGAGUUGUACCAGUGCUUGAAAUGGAAACUAAUUGACAUUUCUUCAGAGGUAUUUUAGAUACUCCUUUGUGUCCCUUGUGCGGCAAAUUAGUUGAUGACUUUUUAAGUGGGAUCAAAAGUUGUCUCCCUUCGUCUCACCUGACAUGUUCAUGUACUUUCAGGGAGCAGUUCCAAAUCUUGAAGAUAACGCAUACCUUUGUCCUUAAAAGUAUUUUGUGAAAAAAAUUCUAUUUUAGAAAUUGAUAGAGUAGUGGUAAAAUAUAUUUGUUUUAAGUAUACUUGUUUUAUACGUGAUAAAGUUGCUGUUACUUUUUUCACUGUUAACAAAUUAUGACUGAAAGUGUUACUGAAAACUGAUUAUUAGGGAUUAAAACCCUUUCAUAAAUGAUAAUUAGAACUGUUAUAAAUUCACCGUAAAGCCCCUUUAUUUCAAACCUGGUAAUGUUGUUAAUUGAAGAUUUUAAUGUAAUAUUACACUUUAGAUCUGCUCAUGUAGAGCUUUGUCUGAAAUAAGUAACUCUCCAAGUCACCAUACUUCUUAAUGUGUUUCAUAUAUCUUCAUGUGAAGCGUUUAGUUAUACUUUUGCAGAAUGUCAUGAUAUUGAAUAAAGAAACGAAACCAAAGCUAACAGAUCAGCGUUCAGUAAUUAUACUCAAACAGUUGUAUAUAUAUUGACAAAGAGGCCAGUUAUAUUUUGUGUGUGCCAAAAUGUUAUUAAAUUUCCUUAUUGCUAAAUCAUCAUGAACACCUAGUUGUGUUUGCUCCUCUAACGGCGGAACACUAUCCCUGGGAUGACUACUGACGUGUGUGGUGGAGUCACCUCCCUUGAGGGUUGAUGUGAAGGUCAAAUUGUUUUAGCAUCAGAGUAGAGGUGGGCAUGGAGCAAGCUAGAGACAUACACCUAAAGUAUGAGAAUGGUGAUGAUUGUUUGAGAGAUGGUUCUGGUCAGAUAGUUUCUUCACUUGGAAAUAUUUUAUAACUGUUCUUCAAUUUGCAUGCUUGUAGAAAUUCAGAUAUGGUUAAUAUACUAAACUUAUGUUAUGAAUUUUGUUUUUACUUAUUCCACCAACUAUAUGAAUAAAAAUGAUUCAAAACUCA